GCAUCAGCUACAUAGAGAACAACCUGAUCAGGUCACCCUACCAUGUCUGGAAUCACCAGCUAUCUGACGAUUUACAGCAUUUUCUUCAGUCUAAUACCGACAGUAUGUUCUGUGAAACCCAAACUGCGCUUGGAACCAGAACAACCAGUGUACAUUGUGGGUGAAAAUUUCAUCAUGCGAUGUGAAGCCGAUGGCCCAUCGACAGUGCUUACAUAUAGUUUUUACAAGGAUGGAGCCCUGAUAUUAAACUCUACCACUAAUGUUCUAGAAGAAGAGUCUGUGUCUAAAUUUGACUCUGGUGUGUAUUUCUGCAUUUACCAGAGAGCUUCAGUGACAUCCACGGAGAGUGACUCAAUAAAACUUAACAUAAUUGAUCGCCCUGAUUCUCCAUCGAUUUCUUUUGAGCCUAUGUCCACCAUCCACUUCAUAGGGCAGACGGUGACAGUGCGCUGCCUUCUGCAAAGUAGAUCAGGAGUAACGGCAAUCCACCUAUAUCAUGAUGGGAAUGAAGUGAUUGAGUCAGAUAACUUUGGAGUCCUAACUUUUAGAGAAAUCAAACAAAGAAAUGCUGGGAAUUUCACCUGUGCGUUUUAUGUUAAUGAAUCGGGUCGUAAGGUUCAGUCGUAUCUCAGUGAAUACAAGCCAUUGAUUGUUACAGAAUCCCUCCCAUUACCAACUUUAAGCAUCUUCCCAAACAACCCACAGACCGAAGGUCAAGAAGUAAAGCUGACCUGUCAUACUCCACUCCAGUCUAAUAUCAACGGAUAUCGUUUUUUCCAAAAUGGAAGGGAAGUGACAGAGAAAGGAGGCAGCCUGUCUAAUUUGUAUAUAUUUCAGAUAUACAAACCAGCUUUUGAAGGAUGUUACUUUUGCAAGACCUUUAGAAUAAUACUGGGACACGAAGUUUCAUCCCCUGAAAGUCCUGAACGAUUUCUGACGGAAAAACAAACUGGUGGACGAGGAUGCAAAAGCAUGAAUGAAAUUGAAUACACUAAUACAUCUCACCAAGAACUUAAGUUUUAUGGCAGUAUACUUGUUGGAAAAUUCAUCGUCUGGAUCUCAAUGAUGGUAGUGUUUUGGAUCCAGCUCUCGUUAAUUAAAAGGUACAAAAACUGCUCAGACGAGGACAGAGACGCAGUCUGAAUGAUGUAUAACAGUUACACACAUAUUGCUGUUAUUACAACUCUUUAGAGUUCACCAUAGGUUUUCCUGUUGUUUGAAUUUCUACAAACAGUUAAAAAUGUAAAGUAUUGACCAGAGCGUUUCGGUCGCCCUCACCCCACUUCCCCACCCAAAAAAAAAAAAAGAAAGACAAUCAGGAAAUGUUCUACCAUUUUUGCUUCUGUUUCGAAGACUCAAAAUCACUGGUAAUGGCCUUUACUAAACACAUUUACAUAUAUGUAAUCUAUUACAAAACACUAGAAUAGCUACAUGUUCUAAUUUUCAUUCAACACUGUGGAAAUAUUUUUGUACAUUAUAAAAAAAUUACAAUAUUUUCUCUAAUAAAUAUAUACCGUAUAUACUCGUGUA